AUGAAAAGCCGAGGAGAGAUCAUUAAAAAGCUCAAAUCUCAAGUAGGACACCUCUCACAGCAGAUUCCUAAGUCCACUGAUAGUUUCCCUAGUGACAUUGAGAAAAAUCCAAGAGGGGAAAUGAAGAAGGUGAGAUGGGAAGAAUGUAAGGCAAUCACUCUUAAAAUUGAAGAAAUUCUUAAAGAACAUACCAGCAAGCCAACAGAGCACAGCCAAGGAAGUUCCCAGGGAAACUUGGAGGAACAAGAACAAGGAAAUGGACCUGUACAAGAGAAAGAACCAAAAAGGAAGGAAAUUCUGAAGCCUUAUGUGCCAAAGGCACUAUUUCCCCAGAGACUCAAGGGAGGUGAGAAAGAGAAGUCAUACUCAAGAUUUCUAGACAUGUUUGCAUCCCUCAGUGUCAACAUACCCUUCAUCAAAACUCUCCAACAGAUGCCUACCUACAUCAAGUGCAUGAAAGAGUCGCUGACCAAGAAAGGAACCUUGAAAGGGGGACAAACAGUGAUAAUGAACAAGGAAUGUAGUGCCCUCAUCAAGAAGGACUUACCUCUGAAAAAAAAGAUCUAG